CUCCCUUCCUGUGCCACCCCAACCUGUGGAUCCGCUACGGGGCGGUGGGCUUCAUCACGGUCAUCGCUCAGCACCUGAACGUGGCCGACGUCUACUGCAAGCUGAUGCCUCACCUGAACCCCUUCAUCACGCAGCCCAUCAUCCAGAUCGAUAAGGAGCUUGUGCUGCUGAGCGUGCUGAAGGAGCCGGUCAGUCGCUCCAUCUUCGACUACGCCCUGCGAUCCAAAGACAUCGCCAGCCUCUUCCGCCACCUGCUGCUGAGACAGAAGAAACGAGCCGGAUCCAUCCCAGAAUGCCCGGCGGCAGAGGACCCCGCCAUCGCUCAGAUGCUGAAGAAGCUGCUCUCACAGGGGAUGACGGAGCCGGAGGAAGACAAGCUGCUGGCGCUCAAAGACUUCAUGUUGAAGUCCAACAAGGCCAAAGCCAACAUGGGGGACCCCGGCCCGGCGGGGGAGGGGCUCAGCGGGGUCAUCGACCUGCUGACCCUGGGGAUCACCGGCCGGCAGGUGGACCUGGUGAAGCCCAGAGCCGAGCCCGACGACAAGAGAGCGAGGAAGCACACCAAGCAGGACUCCACCAUGAACGAGGAGUGGAAGAGCAUGUUCGGGUCGCAGGAGCCCGCCUCCACCCAGCCGCCCACGGCGGAGGGUCAGGUGAGGAAGAGCUCGGCUCCGCCCCCCGCUCUGGCGGCUGUUCAGAGCGGGCCGGCCUAUCAGAGACGGCUGAACACCUGCAGGGUGGAGCUGCAGCAGCUGGUUCAGCAGAGGAGAGAGCAGAGCAGCGCUGAGAGGAAGCACAAGCACAUGAUGGAGAGCGCAGAGUGGGAGAGCAGACCCCCCCCUCCAGGGUGGCACCCUAAGGGGCUGCUGGUGGCUCACCUUCACGAACACAAAGCGGCCGUGAACAGGAUCAGAGUUUCCGACGAACACUCGAUCUUCGCCACGGCCUCCAACGACGGCACCGUCAAAGUGUGGGACAGCCAGAAGAUGGAGGGCAAGACCACCACCACCAGGUCGGUGCUGACGUACUCUCGUAUCGGCGGUCACGUGAAGACGUUGACUUUCUGCCAGGGCUCUCAUUACCUGGCCGUGGCCUCAGAUAACGGAUCCAUCCAGCUGCUGGCAGUCGAGGCCAACAAACCCCCCAAAUCCCCCAAAGUGCAGCCCUUCCAGACCAGGGCUCUGGACCUGCAGGAGGACGGCUGUGCGGUGGACAUCCAUCACUUUAACUCGGGCGCUCAGUCGGUGUUAGCCUACGCAACGGUUAACGGCUCCCUGGUGGGCUGGGACCUCCGCUCCAACUCCAACGCCUGGACGCUGCGCCACGACCUCCGCCUCGGACUCAUCACCUCCUUCACCGUCGACAUGCACCAGUGCUGGCUCUGCCUCGGUACGAGCAGCGGCACCAUGGCAUGCUGGGAUAUGCGGUUCCAGCUGCCCAUCUCUAACCACACCCACCCCGCCCGAGCACGAAUCAGACGGCUGCUGAUGCAUCCUCUCUAUCAAUCCUGGGUCAUCGCAGCUGUGCAGGGGAACAACGAAGUGUCGAUGUGGGACAUGGAGACGGGGGAUCGUAAGUUCACCCUGUGGGCGAGCUCUGCUCCUCCACUCUCUGAGAUGCAGCCCUCUCCUCACAGUGUGCAUGGGAUCUACUGCAGCCCUGCUGAUGGAAACCCUCUGCUGCUGACGGCUGGAUCUGACAUGAGGAUCAGGUUCUGGGACCUGGCGUACCCUGAGAGGUCGUACAUCGUGGCGGGGGGGGCCAACGACUCCCUGCACUGUCCCUCUGUGCUGUACAGCAGGAAGAUCAUCGAGGGCACCGAGGUGGUUCAGGAGAUCCACAGUAAGCAGAAGAGCGGCGUGCUGGAGGACACCCCCCGCCGCGGACCAGACUCACUUCCUGUUGGUCACCAUGACAUCGUGACGGACAUCGCCACCUUCCAGACCACGCAGGGCUUCAUCGUCACCGCCUCCAGGGACGGCAUCGUGAAAGUGUGGAAGUGACACACACACACACACACACACACACACACACACACACACACACACACACACACACCGGAUACGUGUCAGUGGACGCUAACAUUAGCUCGUUAUGAUCUGAAUGGAUUUCCUCCCGUUGCAGCGUCUCUCCUCUCAUUGGCUGCUGUUUAUAACUUCCUGUGUUAUCACCCAAUCACGUCUCUGCCUCGCUUUAUGCAUUAGUGCUCUAUAAAUGCAUCAUUUGACAGUCUUUAAAUGACACACAGUGAAACACAAAGGAAGCUUUAGUCAAUUAAGAACAUUAUUUAGAGACCAGGUCAUCAAAUGAAAGCAGGUGUUAGUGCCGUACUGAUAGGGUGCGCGGCUGCAGAUAAAGAUUAGAUUGUAUAGUUAGUAUUAUUCUUAUUGUUUACCUACUUGUUGUCCUUCAUAAACAACACAAUCCCUUCAGCCAGGCACCAUAAACACAUUUCUUUAGAUCCAUAUUGGAUAUUCAAAAACAAAUCCUUGGUGUCAGCACUGAUAGUGAUGUUCAUGGAGCACAAAUGAUUUAAUUUGAGAGGAAGCAUGACGUAGUUUUGGGCUAAAGAGCGGACGUUUCCCCCGAACAGUGUGACACUUUGUCUCUAGUUAAUAACAAAUCAACUUUAGAGCGCUCAGAUGUGAUUCCUUUAAUAACCCCUCGUUGUGUACAUAUACGUUAUUUUAAAUCUUGAGUAAUAUAAAGUUUGAUUUGUACAAAUAUCCCAUGAUGCAUUGUGUUGCUGCAUCUCAAUGUGUGUCCAUCUGUUGAAUAAAACAUCUGAUAUCAUU